AUGGUCCUCGAAGGUGCCUCGCCGCAAGCAGGCUCAUUUUCAAAUGAAAGCCCCUCGACCGGCGCCCCAAUAAGACAAGCAACCAACCACCCCCAAUCGCUCCUGGGUGGUCUAAGAAUCAAACCAGAAUUCAUCGAACACCCCGACCUAUUCACCCUCUACUUCGGCUUUCUCGGAAACAGAUCCUGGCAAAAAUCAGUGGGACGUAAUAUCUAUGACCGCUUACAAGGGACUUGGGUUCUUACCGGGCGCACCGCGACACAAGAAGAGCUAGAUUCGUUCUGCGCCAAUUCCACACACGCCCUGUACUACGGCCGAAUCGGAUUACCAGUAUCGUUAAUUGCCGGUGGAGUUUGGGAGUACAGGAAGGCAGCUCGGCAAACGGCCGAUCUUACAUUUGCACAACGGCUUACGACAAUGCUGAGCAUUGCGAGGGCUGAUCCGUCCGCGUUCUGGCCUCAAGCCGCUAGGACUGGAUUCAGGGUAUUUUGGAUUGGAUCGUGCGGGUGGAUGUUGUCAACUGUUGGAUCGACGUGGACGGGUAUGACGGAUCUUCUUAGGGAUCCGAAGCUUGCGCAAUGGAGACAUGAUACGAAGGGUCAGAAGGAAGAGGAGGUUCGGAAGCGGAAGCUUGAGGCUGCUGCUUCGAUGUCCAUGAAUGUUAACGGGAAGAGAGAGGUUGUGGAGAGAUUGAGACGUGACUUGUCGGGGGACAGUGGCUUUGAUGAAACUCAGACGCCAGAACCGGAACAAUACAGUUAUGAUGCGCCUGCCGCGAACCAGUCUACAUAUGAUUCCCCGGCGUCUGGGUACCAAUCGCAAAGUUCUAGAUAUGGAUCUGCGCCUGCGCAACGGUCUUCGUCGCAGGGAGAGUCAUCUACUGAUUUCUUCCUUGGUGGCCAGGACGACGAUGCUAGUCCGACUGCGGCUGAGUACCGGAAUACGAACCCUAAUGGCUCGUCUAUGAGUACUUGGGAUCGCAUCCGGGCUCAGAAUGCACCACCUAGAUCGCAGGCUCCUGCGCGACAGUCCUCUACUUCUGGAUGGGGACAGGCUCAGGCUCAGUCUCCGCCUGCAGAUGAUGUUCCUGUUGGUGCGCGGGAUUCAUAUGAUGUUGAUCGACGACUAGAGAAGGACCAGGCCCAGGCUGAUUUUGAUAGGAUGAUGGAGCAAGAGAGGAAUGCAUCUGGUGAACCGACUCGACGGGGUUGGGGAUCAUAA